GUGAGGCAGAGGUGCAGUUGGAAGUCCAGACGAGCUCCGAGAGGGCUUUUGCCGAGGGCCGUACGACGGCCACCCAUGUAGUGGCUGUGGUUCUGCUGCUGAGACCUGGCGUAGGUACAGAGGAGGAGCUCGAGGAGAUCGGAGAUUUCAAGGUCCCCGUCUCCUCGCCCGAGCCGCUGAAAAUUCGUAAGCUUCUGCCCGACCGC